GGUUCUUUAUUUUCUCGUUCCUUUUCUCUUUCUUUUCCACUUUUUUUUUUUUUUUUUUUAUAUAUAUAUAAAUAUGUCUCAUAAUUUUGAUCCUCACAGUAUGCAUAGAUCGAGAAAACCUAAACCUUUAUUUGGACUAUUUCGAAAGAACAAGCCAGAACCAGUGUUAGUUCCCUCAUCAUCGAAUUCUGUACCACUUCAGUCUAUCGUCUUUAACGACCCAAGGUUACCUAAGGGAAACCCAUUGUUAUCACCUCAAUUACCACCACCAGCAGCAACCACCACCUCCAGGCACACUAUACAGACCAGACCCAGAUCCAAAUCCGUCGGUAGAGACCCUUCAGCUCAUUCAAGACUAAUGGAAGAAAGGGAAUCAGCUUUAAAUAAACUAUGUUCAAGAGAGAUGACUUCACCUACUUCCUCGCUGGCCGAGUCGUUACCGUUGUUAUCUCCUUCCUCUCACCAUUACUAUUCACCCAACGCAUUGCAUGCACCUCCUCCCGUACCUCCCAUUCCCAAAUGUCACCAAUCCCCCACCACCACCACCACGAGUAAUAUGCGAAAAUUCUCUUCAGCGCACGAUUUAAGAAAAGCCGCGAAAUUACAACAAGAGUGCGUGAUUCAGGCUCAAACUCAACCCUUACCGCCGCCUCAAAUGAGAGACUUGGCGCGGUCAAGGUCGUUUAAUGGUGGACAAAGGAGCCAGAGGCAACCAUUAUCACCUGUUUUCAUGAGACCACGAUGGCCUCGUUAUCAAGCAGAAGAGGAAGAUGAUGAUGAUGUGCCACUAGGGUAUUUACAAUCCCCCAUCAGUCGACCUUCUUCUUUAUUGAGUGAUGCAGAAGAAGAGGAUGAUCAGGACCUUGUACCGAUUGCGAUAUUAAAUACGGCGGCGGCGGCGGGGACGAUGAAGACGGACACGUUUGCGAUUGAGAAUGAUUAUCAAACAGCAGCGGACAAGUACAAGGAAAAGGUCAAACAAAAAUUACAAUUUGAUGAGACGGAUAGUGAGGAUGAUGAUGAUAUUCCUAUCUCCCUGUUAUCCAUUCAUAAAAAUGUCUUUUUAUCCAAAUAGAAAAAACAGAAUUCCUUAGUUUAAAUUGCAAAAAAAUAAAAAAUAAACGUUUUAUAAUUA